AUGGAGAGGGCAGGGGAGUUUGUGCAUCAGCAAGUGCAGUUGCUGCACUCGCUGCCAUCGUUUGAGGCGCUCCGGCCCAACAUCGACACCAUGCGCAUGGAUCUGGGAGAGGACGAGGAUGACGCACAGCCCAUGCCCUCCGAACAGUCCAUCAAAAAGGCCAUCAAGAAAGCAAACGACAUGGCACUGCAGAAGAUGCGGAGCGUUCACGGGCAUGUGGGGCGUCGGGAAGCCAUCGAUCAGCUCUCCGGGCUGAUGCGGCCGCAAGGGGACGUUGUCGACGCCACAAACGCGUCAGACUGGCGACAGCUGCCGAUGGAGUGGCCGAACAUGGCCGCUGUCAGCUCACAGGGCGAGGGCGAUGGCUCAUCGACGCAACAGCAGGCCAGCAGCGGCGCGACAGCCGACAGCGUGCAGCAGCGCGACGAAUACCGCCAGCUCCGCCUCAAGGCGCAACGGGAGUAUGAGGAGGUGCAACGCGUGCGCGAGCAGGUUGCGCAGACGGAGCAGCUGCUGGAGGUGGUGGAAGCCGUCGGCAGCGAUCUUGACACGGGCGCUGUCGAUGCCUUGAAGACGGCCGUCAACGGAGCAGACAAGUCGAUACAUGCGCUGCAGUCUGCGCUCGCUGAUCCGGAGAAGCGAACGAAGAUCGCGGCUCGCCUGCGCGCGAACGGCAAUGGUGAUGAUGUCCAUAGUGGUGGUCACAAUGGCGACGGCAGCGGUGAUGGGGUGUUGCCUGAGAAGCGGCCGAAAAUGGACCCAGCAGCCGUCUUGCAGCAGCUGUUGCAAUCGCAGCAGCAGCAGCAGCAGUAGUAGUAGUAGCAAGCAACAUCAGCAGUGACUCGUUGCACGUUGUGUGUGCGUGUGUGUUGUGCGUACGCAAGCGGAGGAAGAAGAUGAUUGUUACGUUACCUGACAUGCACGUACGGUCGUCGUGGUCGUUUGACAGGGGCGUGUCGUUGAAUUCAGCCAUGUGGCAUCGUGUGUGUGUGUGUGUGUGUGUGUGUGUGUGUGUGUGUGUGUG